UUAGAGAGUGCAGGAAGUCAGUUCAUGUAACGAGGUACCACUGUGACUUCCUUUAUUCAUAUAUCCUCCCCCAAACCGCCCCCUGUUCCUGAGCACACUACUGGGGGCUGGCACUGAGAUUAGGCAGCAGAGUUAGACACUAAGUGAAAGAAAGAACUGGCUUUAGUCUGGAGUAGAUAAGGAGGACAGAAGACCACAAGAAGGACAUUUCAGGCACAUAACAUUCUCCUCUCUUUUGGGCACCCUACACUGAUCUCCUCAUCAUCUCCGCACCCGCCAUUUGGACUUAACCCUUUGCUGCUACAUCACAUCCGACCAUGAAGACUUGCCAGAUUCUGCUUGCACUGUGUACCGUUAUGCUGGUUACCCAAGUGAGGUCCCAGGACACGUUGGGGUUCGGAGCCACAAGUUCUGAGCUGUUCGUCCCAUUAGGAGAGGCCGUAUGGUUAAACUGCUCUACUCACAAACCUGACAGAACAUUCUAUGAUACCAGAUUAUACAAGAAUCAGACCAAGAGGGGGCCCAACUGGUUGGCAGUGGAAGUGAUUGUCCGUGACUGGGAGAACUCAACGUGUGUCUGCAUGCUUGACACCGGAGACCAACAAUUAAUAAGUCACACCCAAGUCAUGGCAUAUGCUCUACUUUCCGACGUCACUAUAGACCUGCAGACGGAGCUACAGGAAGGAAAAGAAUAUACCAUCAACUGUACGGUUCAUGAAGUUGCUCCUCUGGAGUAUCUUACCAUAAACAUCCACAGAGGAGGGGAUGUCAUUGACACUAAAUCAUAUGAAGGACCACACGUGGUGAACAGAAGGACUGUGAGUCACUUACAUACAUUUACAGCUCGUCGCAGUGACAACCUUAAGGACUUCUCCUGUCAGGCCAUUCAAAGACUGGGGUCAGAGGUCCACACAUUCAAUUCCACGGAGAUAACCGUACAGACCUACACACUGCCAGAAGAUCCUGUAAUAAACAUCAAGAAAUGGAUAGAAAAUGGGACCUCAUUUACAGCCGAGUGUCUCAUCGCCAAUGGAUUUCCUCCACAAAACAUCAGCCUGAGGAUGGUCUUUGAAGACACCUUACUCAAUGUCAUUCCUGUCAUGACAAAUGAAGGAACCAUAAAGAGCACGACCCAGCUGUCUGCGAAUUUUUCAGAUCUAGGACAUAAAACCAUCAGAUGCGAAGCUCACUUAUUUAUUUUGUCCAUGGAGAGUAGGGUGGAUGUGAAUAUUUAUGAACUUCCUACUGUGGAUCUGAGCCUUUCAAAAAACACUGUAUACCAUGAGGAGAACGUGACCGCUACCUGUCAAUCAACCAACAAAGUUCCAGGGGCUUAUAGUCUCACCAUUAGUGUGGAUGGUAAAGAAGAGAAGACGGGGCAGACCUCUGUGACCCACACAUUCACUGCAAGCCAAAGGACUCCGAGCCUUCCCAUCACCUGCACGGCUUAUAUUACUAAAAAUGCAAACAUAUCCCAGUCUUCAAUACAGGCCCUAGAAGUACAUUACCCUCCAGAGUUCUCUGAAACUUUGUGCCCCUCAUCUUUACUUCUGGUAGAAGGAAAGACCCCAUUUUCGUGUGAGGCUGAUGGAAACCCAAGGCCGAGAGUAAACUGUGAAGCCGAUGGACGUUCUAUCACUGACGCAGUUACAGUAACAAGAGACAUGUCUGGGUAUUAUAGGUGUACUGCAAUGAACCUGGGAGGAGGCACAUUGAAGCCGGUCAGCGUCACCGUGCAAUAUCCACCAACAAACCCAAAUGUGACUGUUUCGACAAAUGAAACGAUCGGAUUAGGAAAUCCACUAAACAUGACAUGCAGUUCGGAAGGGUUGCCGGCACCUACUUACACCUGGCUGGUCCCCGAGAAUGCCGAUGUGACAUACUCCCUGGAUAAAAGCUCGGUCAUUAUUCACAGAGCAGCAGAGACCCAUGCUGGAACAUACACGUGUGUGGUCAGGAACGCACAUGGAGAAGUGGAAGCAAAGCAGGAGGUGAAAAUUGCUCCGGAUGAUUUUACUACAAGACUGAUCAUCGGUAUUCUGUGCGGUGUAGCUGCCUUACUCCUCCUUGCUGGCAUUGUUAUGCUAGGACGGUACAUUGGCUGGAAGAAUGGCCGAAAGGGAUUCUAUGCACUGUGGAGGAAGAACCCCGACCCACGCCAGCAGAAUGGAAACAUCCCAGAGCCCCCCGCCAACAGCACGUCUUGCGUCUAAUAUUAAGACUAUUGCAACCUGAUAACUCAGACGCUGAGAUGGAGCAAUGUGAAGGCGGACUGCUGACUAAGCCGCCAGGCUGGGAGCAGCCAAUCAGAGCCAUGCCUGACAGUCUCCUUGGAAACCAAAUUGUGGUGAACAGGAAAAGAGAGCCAAUCAGAUUCCAGCAGUGAAAGCAGUGACCUGAUUGGUUGCUGUGAAUCAGGAGAAAGGUGUUACCCAUAGCAACCAAUCAGAUUCCAGCUGACAGUUUAAAACAGAAGUCACAAGAAGACAUCUUCUCCUUCUCCGCACAUGUCUGGACACAAGGCUCCCCUCCCCCAGCCUUCCCUGAGAGAGAUUGUCAUAUGUUCUCUAUGUUUUCUAUCAGUUACUUCUGUGGUAAUGUUGAUGAUGUGGAUCCU